AGAACCCACUUUCACUUUCUUGUUUCUUCUUCAACUUCCCUAAAGCCUCUGGUGCUGCAAAACACGGACAGGAGGAGGAAAUGCUACGGUCUGUUCUCAGAAGAGCGGCAAGCUCGAACCUUUAUCCCCAAUCUUCAUUGCAUCAUCUAACCUAUCUUCAAUCACAGUUUUAUUCUUCCAAGAACCCCAAACCAUUUGACGCCAAGGCCAAGAAAGCCAGCGCCAAGUCCAAGUCCAAAUCCACUGACUCCGCAGCAGUCGCUGGUUCGGAUGAUUUCCUAUCCGCCUCUGCCAAUGACUUCCAGGCUGCUCGCGCCCGUAACUUGGCUCAGGACGACAAGGACCCUUCUCUCGAUGUGGGUGCCAACAACCGCCCCCUCUUCACCUCCACUCCCUCACUCUCGCAGCUCACGCGCAAGGAUGCCUGCUCCUAUUUCAAGUUCAGUGAGGAGAGACUGAAGGCAGUGUUACCAGAGGGGUUGUCGCAGGGGAUGAUUGAGGAGUUCAAGGAGUCGAUGCGGCCGGCAUUGCUAAUUAGACAGAGUUUCUUAGAUCUUCGAGAUAAUUUUAGACACGUAGUUGAUCCCCCAAUGUGGUCUUCUCCGGGCAAAGGUCCUAAAGUUAGAAAACAGAUUGUCCUGGAUGGUCCUGUUAGCUGUGGAAAGAGUAUUGCCCUUGCAAUGCUUGUUUAUUGGGCUCGUGAUGAGGGUUGGCUGGUUUUAUAUGUACCUAAAGGCCGUGAAUGGACUCAUGGAGGGUUUUUUUAUAAAAAUCCGGAAACUGGUCUUUGGGACACUCCUUUACAGGCUGAAAAUGUUCUCAAGGAUUUCUUGAAGUACAAUGAGGGGCGGUUACAACAAUUACCAUGCCAAAUCUUUGAUCCUAUUCCACUGGGAGAAGGUGCUGGUGUUGGAUUGAUGAAAGGGGUUGAAUCCAUGGCACUUCCUGAAGGUUCAAGUCUAUAUGACCUGGUUCAAAUGGGAAUCCAGUACACACAAGCAGCUGUUGGAGUUGUAGUUAGAUUGAGGAAAGAGUUAUCACUCGUGAAAGAUAUUCCUGUACUUAUUGCAAUUGACCAAUACAACAACUGGUUUACAUUCAGUGAGUAUGAGGAGCCGGUGAGUGUUCGUUCUCAUAGACCCGUGCAUGCUAGAGAACUUGCAAUGGUGAAUGCUUUUAGGUCCAUGAUGCAUGAUGACAUGAUGGUGGGUGCUUUCUCUCAUUCAACUGCAGUAGGCAAGCUACGAGCAGACCUGCCAGAAGUUCCAGUAGAUGCCCGUGUUAAUUUCCCCCGCUAUACUUUAGAUGAGGCAGAAACUGUUUGCUACUACUACCUUAGGCAAAGGUUAGUGCGCCGAGAGGUGUUCUCAGAUGAAAACUGGAAGAAAAUAUACUUCUUAUCCAAUGGAAACGGGUCAGAAAUUAGAUCGUUAGUUCCUUUGAUGCAGCAGUGAAUACAAAGAUAAUUCAAAUUUUUGAAGGACAUACGUUUUUGGAGUCGCUGAUUCAUUCUCAUCGCUUCUCCCCUUUAUCUUAUUUUGAUUUGAUUUUCAUUUUCAAUUUUUCUCUCACCUUUUUGGAUCCUCCUGAGAGACAUUGUUUUUCUGUUGUAGUCAUGAAUGAAUACCCAGAAAACAAGGGUUGCUGCCUGAUAAUAAUGUAGCAUAUGUUGUUGGCUCGGCAUCCUGUAGCUCCAUACUAGAGGAAUAUUUGAUCCAUUUUUCCUCAUCAAAAUCCGUGUUAUUACUAAAUUCUCAAUAAUCUU